UAUCUCUCUCGUUGUCUGCAACCAAAAUCAUCCCUCUUCGAUUUCUUCUUCCAUUUCCGGCUUUCUCCAAAUUAUUCUUCUCAAUUCCUUCGGAAUCCUCCUCCUAGAGGUAUUUUUAAUUUCAAAUUGAUCGCUUAGCUGCAAAUACCUCGUUUUUCUGCUAUCAAUUCGGUGGAAUUCAGCGGUAUGAAGUGAAAAAGAGUACAAAUUUGUCAGCAGCUAUUGAGAGGAGUUGACGCACAGCUGCAAUGGGUGGAAAAAUGUGAUUGGAUUGUUCGCGGUUGGAGAGUGGCAAAAUUGCAAUUUCUUCCAACUAUUCAGGACAAGGAGUCAUGGAGAAUGAGGAAGGCAAUUUGGAAAGUCGAUUUGCAGGGUUGACGGUGAAUGAUCCCUACAGUAUCAACGGCAAUGAUGGGUUAUUUCAGGUUAUGAAAGCAGUCGAAGCUGCUGAAGCCACAAUUAAGCAGCAGGUGGAAGAGAAUAAUCGUCUGAGAUCUGAGCUUCAGAAAAAAAAUGAGGAACUUGAAAACUAUAAACCGGGUUACGGAAAAUAUCAAAAUUAUCAAUCAGGUGGAUGGGCUGAACAUUUUAAUUCACCAAGUAGAGCUGAUCAACUAGUUCUACAAUUAGAAAAUCAACUAGCAGGACGAAAUGUGGCCAUCAAUUCUGGACAUGGCAUGCCAGAUUCCGUUCUUCAAACAGAUGUUAGCAGAAGUAAUAGGGAUCACGUGAUGCAAAUGCAUGUUGAGAACCAAUUUGAUAACAACAUUAAUGGAUCAUUGAACAUGAUACAUGGUGAUCAUGCAUCUUCAGAUAAUUCUGGUGUCGCUCAGAUUAUAUCACCAUCUAUGACAUCUACCCCUAGCAGGAACCAGCUAGAAGGCAAUCUGGAUCCAGAGUUAAGAUAUUCAGGAAGGGAUUUGGUUUCUGUGGCUGAUGUUAACAAUAAUGGUUCUUCAAAGCAGGAUAUAGUAGUACAGAUUCGGGAACAUGAAGAGGAGAUUGCACAAUUAAGGAAGCAUCUCACAGAAUUUUCAAUGAAGGAAUCUCAAAUUCGCAACGAGAAAUAUGCCCUAGAUAAGCGUAUAUCUUAUAUGCGUCUGGCCUUUGAUCAGCAACAGCAGGAUCUCAUUCUUGCUGCCUCUAAAGCAAUUUCCUACAGACAAGACAUAAUGGAGGAGAAUGUUCGUCUUACAUAUGCUUUACAGGCCACACAACAAGAAAGGUCAACAUUUGUGACUUCGUUGAUGCCUCUUCUUGCGGAGUAUUCUCUUCAACCACCUGUUGCCGAUGCGCAAUCCAUUGUCAGUAAUGUCAAGGUUUUGUUUAGACAUUUACAAGAACAGCUUCUUGUGACUGAGGGGAAAGUGAAAGAAUCAGAGUAUCAGCUUGCACCUUGGCGUUCAGAUAUAAAUUCAUCUACUAUCACUCAGUCACCUGUUUAUUCUCAUGAGAUAAAGAAGGGGUUGGAAUUGGUUCCUCAACAAACAUAUUCUGAUGGAAAGAUGCCAUCUUCAGAUUCUCAGACUACAAUGGAUAUUUUAGGUCUUCCUCAAAGUGGGCUGGAGAACUUGAAGAACCCAGAGCACGAGUUGGGGAGGCAUCCACCUCUUGGAAGCAGGAAUACAGCAUUCCCUGAAAUAGCUCAACAGAUUGCAUACAACCAGGUGGAUCCGCAAAAUGUUCGUAAUAGUGAAGCUACAGUUAGUAAAAAAGUUACAUUUGGUGACCUUGUUAGAAGUAGUGAGUCGGACGAACCUGAAAACAGAGGACUUCUGAGUGAUAGAGAGCCAUCUGCUAACUGGAAUUCCAACACUGCAUCUACGACUUCUAUGGAUGAUCCCAACUCAUCUUUCUCUCCUUUUCUACCCCCGGUUCUGGAGGAACCCUCAUCGUCAUUCUCAGAGGCUGCUGAUGAUGAUCCUCUACCGGCAAUAGAUGGCCUCCAGAUUUCAGGUGAAGCUUUUCCCGGUCAGCAACUACAAGCAUGCGGAUACUCCAUUAAUGGAACAACCAGUUGCAAUUUUGAGUGGGUGCGGCAUUUGGAAGAUGGAUCUUUUCGUUAUGUUGAUGGAGCAAAACAACCGAAUUAUCUUAUUACUGCGGAUGACGUUGAUACUUAUCUGGCCAUUGAAGUACAGCCACUAGAUGAUAGAAAACGGAAGGGUGAACUUGUGAAGGUCUUUGCCAACGAGCACAGGAAAAUUACUUGUGAUCCUGAAAUGCAAAGGUGCUUAGAGAGGAACCUUUAUGCUGCUCAAGCUUCUUACAAGAUAUCGCUGUCGAGUGGAUAUCUUGAUAUAUGGGAGCAAGCUACAUUGACGAUUAAAAGGGAUGGUUACAGCAUAAAAGGUAGCGGUCCUAAUGGGACUGUAGUCACCGAGAAGUUUUCAUCAUCUACUUUUGUCUCUAUUCCAUAUGGAAGUCCAACAGAGUUCAUUAUAGGUGAUUCUCAGGGUACUGAACGUAUGUUGAGAGUUGAGAGCUUGGCAGAUAUAAGUGGUUCAAGAGACACGAUUGUUCUCACCUUCCGGUUGUUCAUCUUAAAGAAAGCCUUAGGAAAUUGACAGAAAGCGUUUGAAUUCUUCAAGUUCUGCGCAAGUUUUGUGAUUUAUGGCCUGUCCUGCUAGUGGUGGAUAAUUUAAAUUAAAAAACUUUGUUUACUUAAUCAAUUCUCACCGCACGCUCUGUAUGAUAACCACCAAUCCUUCGAAUUCCAGUCACCAAAUUGUGUGCUCACAUGAACAAUAUAAUUAAUUAUUUUGUAGAGUAAUAUCUGCAAAAUAACUGUCAGUAUCAACUCCUUAAUUAGCUAUGAACUGAUUUUGUUCUGUUAUUUUAUGUAAGCUAAGGUUGUUCGACUUCGUGUAGCCCUGUUUGGUGUGACUGCCAAAGAUAGAAUAGCUUGUGUGUAAGGUAGAUGUAAUGGUUGUUGCAACUCUCCUGCAACCGAUUGGUUUUAUCAAAACUUGGUAUACAAAAAAUCAUGGGGUUUCGAUGCAAAAUCAAUCGAAAACUUUAUAUAAGUUUUCUAGUGCACAUGGCUGCUUAACUUGAGAAAACAUAUGUAAAUUUGUUAUGGUAGAGUCUCCUUAUGACUAUUCCAACAAAUAAUGCUGCAGGCUGGUGAGAAGAAGAGGAAGAAGAGAAGCAUAUUCUUUAGCAAGUAAACAUUUGUAUAAACCUAAUUAUGUUGUGCAUCUGUCAAUUUUUUCACC